UAUAGACACCCCGACCUAAUUUUUGACAAAACUGCAUGCAUACUUGGUCCCCAUCUUUUUUGCUAGUUGCUAAUGACGUAUAACUCCACUUCUCUCAACACACCCCAUCUUUCUAAAAGCAAAGAUAAAUCCAUAAGCAAUCUCAAAUCUCUAAGAUAAACACCAAACAAACUCUCUCUAUAGAGAAAUUAAAAUUCAUGGGUGCCAUUAACUUCUUGGACACCAUUUUAGUCCCCUUGAGUCUUUUCAUCACAAUUGGCUACCAUGCCUAUCUUUGGCAAAACUUGAAACAUAAGCCUUCUAACACCACCAUUGGUAUGAACAUGCUCAAGAGGAGAUCUUGGCUGCGAGAGCUCAAUCAAGGAAACGCAAAGAAAGGCACGUUGGCUGUACAAAGUUUGAGAAAUGCUUUAAUGGAGACCAUACUCACUGCUACAAUCACAAUUCUCAUCACUUUGGCAAUGGCAGCUUUGACAAACAAUACUUUAAAAGUGAGCAACCUCUUUACUAAUGCUUUCUUUGGCUCACAGACAGGGAAGAUAAUUGUUUUAAAAUAUGGAUCAGCAACAAUUUUCUUGGUGGCUAGCUUCUUGUGUAGCUCCAUGGCACUUGGUUUCUUAAUUGAUGCUAAUUUCUUGGUGAACGCAUUGGGGGAAUUCUCUAUAAAUCCAAGGCACACAGAGACCAUAUUUGAAAGAGGAUUUACAUUGGCUUUUGUUGGUGAUAGGAUGCUAUGUAUGACUUUUCCUCUUUUGUUUUGGAUGUUUGGCCCUGUACCUGUGGUUGUGUCUUCGCUGGCUUUGGUUUGGGGGCUGCGCGAGCGCGAUUUUGCUGGAAAUUGGUCGAGAACGAUGAAUAAGAGUUGCACCUGAAUAAGAAAAAACUAUAGUAGUUGUUACUAAUAUCAGCGUAUGUUGAUCUUCAUGAUCCAAUAUAGUUCGUAAAUACAUAUAUAGUUUAAAAUAAUUAUAUAUUGUUAGUGCACAAAAGUUUAACUUUUGUUACAACAAGCCAAGUGAAUUAUUGUGUGAA